AUGGCCGCCCCGCACCGCCUCGCCGCCGCACCGCUGGUACUGCUGCUGCUGCUGCCGGUGCUGAUGCGCGGCGGGCCCGGAGCGGCGGCGGUAGCAGCAGCAGCGUCGUCGCGGGAGCCCCCCGGUCCCUGCCGUGUGAAGACGGUCACGGUGUCCACGCUGCCGGUGCUCCGUGAGAACGAUAUCAGCUGGAGCGGGGCCCCGCCGCCCGCUGCCGCCGCCGCCACUGCUGCCGCCGCCGAUUCCCGCCUGCUGCUCUUCGUCCGCAGCGAGCUGCCCGGCCGCGUCGCCGUGCAGGAUGACCUGGACAACACCGAGCUGCCCUUCUUCACCCUCGAGAUGUCGGGGACCGUGGCUGACAUCUCGCUGGUGCACUGGAAGCAGCAGUGGCUGGAGAACGGCACCCUGUACUUCCAUGUCUCCAUGAGCAGCGCUGAGCAGCUCUCCAGGGCCACCCCCCCGAGCCUGCAGGAGCCUUCUGAGAUUGUGGAGGAGCAGCUGCACAUUCUGCAUAUCUCGGUCAUGGGUGGGCUGAUCGCGCUGCUGCUGCUCCUCCUGGUCUUCAUGGUGGCUCUGUACGCCCAACGGCGCUGGCACAAGCGCCGCCGCAUCCCACAGAAGAGUGCCAGCACGGAGGCCACGCACGAGAUCCACUACAUCCCCUCGGUGCUGCUGGGCCCCCAGGCCCGCGAGAGCUUCCGCAACUCGCGCCUCCAGGCCCACAACUCCGUCAUUGGGGUGCCCAUCCGCGAGACCCCCAUCCUGGAUGACUACGAGGAUGAGGAAGAGGAGGAGACGCCGCGGCGGGCAGAGCCCAGCACCAGGGAGGAUGAGUUUGGCAGCCAAGUGACACGGACGCUGGAGAGCCUGGGCCGGGGUGGGGAUGAGAAGCCUGACUACGAGAAGAAAGCUCCCGAGGUGACACAGGAGACGGUGGAGUCCCUGAUGCAGAAGUUCAAGGAGAGCUUCCGCACCAACACACCCAUUGAGAUCGGGCAGCUCCAGCCCGCGCUGCGCAGCACGUCCGUGGGGAGACGGAAACGCCGGAGCCGGCCACGAGGUGGGAUUGGGUUUGGACGUGCCAAAGGAAACUCUGGCUCAGAGGCGGAUGAUGAAACCCAGCUAACCUUCUACACCGAGCAGUACCGGAGCCGGAGGCGAAGCAAAGGUUCAAUGAAGAGCCCCAUCAACAAGACAGCGCUGACUCUGAUCGCGGUGAGCUCCUGCAUCCUGGCCGUUGUGUGUGGCUCCCAGCUCUCCUGCCCGCUCACCGUCAAGGUGACGCUUCACGUACCCGAGCACUUCAUCGCAGAUGGCAGCAGCUUCGUUGUGAGCGAAGGGAGCUACUUGGACAUCUCCGACUGGCUUAAUCCAGCCAAGCUGUCCCUGUACUAUCAGAUCAAUGCCACUUCCCCCUGGGUGAGAGACCUCUGUGGCCAGAGGACCACCGAUGCCUGUGAGCAGCUCUGUGACCAGGAGACAGGAGAGUGCAGCUGCCAUGAAGGUUAUGCCCCAGACCCCGUCCAUCGCCACUUGUGUGUGCGCAGCGACUGGGGACACAGCGAAGGGCCAUGGCCAUACACGACGCUGGAGCGGGGAUACGACCUGGUCACAGGAGAGCAGGCACCAGAGAAGAUACUCAGGUCCACCUAUAGCUUGGGUCAAGGCCUGUGGCUGCCUGUCAGUAAGAGCUUUGUGGUGCCCCCUGUGGAGCUUUCCAUCAAUCCUCUCGCCAGCUGCAAGACAGAUGUUCUGGUGACAGAAGAUCCAGCAGAUGUCAGGGAAGAAGCGAUGCUGUCCACCUACUUUGAAACCAUCAAUGACUUGCUCUCCUCCUUCGGGCCAGUCCGGGACUGCUCCCGCAACAACGGUGGCUGCACCCGCAACUUCAAGUGCGUUUCGGAUCGCAAGGUGGACUCCACGGGCUGCGUGUGUCCUGAGGACCUCCGACCCAUGAAGGAUGGCACCGGUUGCUACGACUACUCCAAAGGGAUCGAUUGCUCGGAUGGCUUCAAUGGUGGCUGCGAGCAGCUCUGUCUGCAGCAGACUCUUCCUCUGCCCCAUGACCCCUCGUCCAGCACCAUCUUCAUGUUCUGCGGGUGCGUGGAGGAGUACAAACUGGCCCCGGAUGGGAAGUCCUGCCUGAUGCUGUCUGACAUCUGCGAGGGCCCCAAGUGCCUGAAGUCGGAUGCCAAGUUCAACGACACCCUCUUUGGGGAGAUGCUGCAUGGUUAUAACAACAGGACCCAGCACGUCAACCAAGGGCAGGUGUUCCAGAUGAGUUUCAGGGAGAAUAACUUCAUCAAGGACUUUCCGCAGCUGGCCGACGGCCUCCUGGUGAUCCCGCUGCCCGUGGAGGAGCAGUGCCGCGGGGUCCUCUCCGAGCCGCUUCCCGACCUCCAGCUUCUCACCGGGGACAUCAAGUACGACGAGGCAAUGGGCUACCCCAUGGUGCAGCACUGGCGGGUCAGGAGCAACCUCUACAGGGUGAAGCUCAGCUCCAUCACCCUCUCUGCAGGCUUUGCCAACGUCCUGAAGAUCCUGAACAAGGACAGCAGCCGGGAGGAGCUGCUCUCCUUCAUCCAGCAGUUUGGCUCCCACUACAUCGCGGAGGCUCUGUAUGGCUCUGAGUUCAGCUGCACCAUCCACUUCCCCAGCAAGAAGGUCCAGCAGCAGCUCUGGCUCCAGUACCAGAAAGAAACAACGGAGCUCGGGAACAAGAAGGAGUUGAAAUCCAUGCCCUUCAUCACCUAUCUCUCAGGCCUGCUGACGGCUCAGAUGCUGUCCGAUGACCACCUCAUCUCUGGGGUGGAGAUUCACUGCGAGGAGAAGGGGCGCUGCCCAUCCACUUGCCACUUGUGCCGGCGCCCUGGCAAGGAGCAGCUCAGCCCCACGCCGGUUCUGCUGGAGAUCAACCGCGUGGUGCCUCUGUACGCUCUGAUCCAGGACAACGAUACCAGGGAGGCUUUCAAGGGAGCCCUGAUGAGCUCAUACUGGUGCUCGGGGAAAGGCGAUGUUAUUGAAGACUGGUGCAGGUGCGACCUCAACGCCUUCGAUGAGAACGGACUCCCCAACUGCAGCCCUCUCCCUCCACCCGUCCUGCGGCUCUCCCCCAGCGUGGAGCCCUCCAGCACCGUGGUCUCUCUGGAGUGGCUGGAUGUGCAGCCUGCCAUCGGGGCCAAGGUGUCUGACUACGUCCUGCAGCACAAGAAGGUGGAUGAGUACACGGACACGGACCUCUACACAGGAGAAUCCCUGAGCUUUGCGGAUGAUUUGCUUUCUGGCCUUGCAACAUCCUGUGUGGCAGCGGGUAGGAGCCAUGGAGAUGUCCCUGAAACCAGCAUCUAUUCAGUCAUUUUCAAGUGCCUGGAACCAGAUGGUCUCUACAAAUUUACUCUUUACGCAGUGGAUACGAGAGGGAGACACUCAGAGCCGAGCACGGUGACCCUGAGGACAGCCUGCCCGCUGGUAGAUGACAGUAAGGCAGAAGAGAUAGCCGACAAAAUCUACAACCUCUACAACGGCUACACCAGUGGGAAGGAGCAGCAGACGGCCUACAACACACUGAUGGAGGUCUCCGCUUCCAUGCUCUUCCGAGUCCAGCACCACUACAACUCCCACUACGAGAAGUUUGGAGACUUCGUGUGGCGUAGUGAGGACGAGCUGGGCCCCAGGAAAGCACACCUGAUCCUGAGGAGGCUGGAGAAGGUCAGCAGUCACUGCUCCACCCUGCUACGCAGUGCCUACAUCCAGAGCCGCACCGAGACCAUGCCCUACUUGUUCUGCCGCAGCGAAGAGGUCCGGCCGCCCGGCAUGGUCUGGUACAGCAUCCUAAAGGACACCAAAGUAACAUGCGAGGAGAAGAUGGUCUCCAUGCUGCGCAACACGUACGGGGAGUCCAAGGGGCGGUGAGGAAAGGUGCAGGCCUGGAGCUGUGGGAGGCAAAGGGACUCCGAGGAGUCGAGGACUUGUGAUAAUGCUGAGUGCUGGUGGGGUUUGGGGUCGGAUGGUGUUUGGAGGGGUUGGAAGGGGACAGCGAGGCCAAACAGGACUUUCUCACGCAGACAGCAGAGAAACAAGAAAUCAGCAAGUUGGACUUUUAAUUUCUUUUCCUUUUUUUUUUUUUUUAUUUUUUCAAGAGGAAAAAAAAACAAGAAGAAAUUCCCUAAUUUGACUCAGCAUCAAAGCCUCUCCUUUUUAAUCUUUUCUUACUGAAUUUCCUGGACUACACGCUCCAAAACCCUGGAUAGGAGGAGAUAACGCGCUGGAAGCCAGCAUCAGGGAGAGGGGAGCUGCUGGGCACAGGGUGACCCCUUCCCUGCCUGUGGAGCGAGGGACCCCGGUGCAAUGGUGGCCGAGGACGCAGGAGGAGGUGGCGCGGGUGGCCGGUGACACCGCGCUGCCAGCCAGGAUGCCCGGAUUGGGAUGCCAGGCGGGUGCCGGGAUGCUGCAGGCAAGCUGGGCUUUUGUACCACUGCGAGUCGAUGGAGCGGCUCCAUGCGCAGCCGGCACCCGGCAGCUUGUGCUGUGCAUUAAAGGUUCAUAUUAAGUCCGUC